CCUGGCCAGGCCCCUCGGCGGGGGCCACGCGGACCCGCAGCAGUGCCUACGGCCCCCGCGCGCGGACCCCAGCGGGAGUUGGGGCUUGGGGGGCGGCGGCGGUGGGGCGGAGAGCCGGGGUGCGCACUUGGGCGCCCCUGGCCAUGGCGGCGAAGGUGGACCUGAACACCUCCACCGACUGGAAGGAGGCAAAAUCGUUUCUGAAGGGCCUGAGUGACAAGCAGCGGGAGGAGCACUACUUCUGCCAGGACUUCAUCCGGCUGAAGAAGGUGCCCACCUGGAAGGAGACGGCGAAAGGGUUGGCCGUGAAGGUGGAGGAGCCCAAGUACAAAAAGGACAAGCACCUCAACGAGAAGAUCUCCCUGUUCCGCGGCGACAUCACCAAGCUGGAGGUGGACGCCAUCGUCAACGCCGGACUGCUCUUCUCCGUCUAGCAAACUGCUCCUCAC